UAAGUCAGGUUCCGUAGCUGGCACUGUACUGUGGAACCCUGGAACCCUGGUACACUGCGCAUUGUGUUUCGCGCACGUUUCAGCCUGUAUGCCCAGUUGUUUUCCUGUCCUGGCCAUUGCUUGACGGCCGACCCUCCCCGGUGUGUUUUGUUGUGUCGUACUAAAUGUUUUAAGCGUCAACAAUGAGUGUAACGUGGCUGCUAGUAGCCGCGUGCCUGGCGUGCGCGAGCGCCGACCGCGGCGGGUCGUCGCUGCGCGGGGCGCUUGAAGCGCUGCAGCGCAGGCAGCGCGGCCGCAUGCAUGGACCUCUAGCGCCGCAGCCGGAUUACGACCAGCUGUAUGAGUUUGUGCCACCGCAAGGAUAUCCAGAUAUAGACUACCCGGUUGAGGUUGAAGAUGUUGAAGACGAACCAAAUGCCAAGUAUAUCAUAAAGCUUCUCGACUACGACGAACGGGCGCCUGAAGCAUACGAAUACAAAGUUAUCAAGAAGAAAAACUUGCACGACAGCGAAAAUUCUGCUCCCAAAAAAGAAUCUGCAUUCCGUGAAAGGACCCAUCACUCGGACAAUGAACGCUUACGAGACCUAUUUAUGGACAAAAAUGAGGCUGAAGAAAAAAAGGAACUUCAAAACCGAGCUGAGAAUGAUGCUGAAUACGCUUUGCUCUUAGGGCAGCUUUGGUCCAAAUACAAAUACAACAAGGCUCACGCUAACAGCGUUCAGGAAACUGCCCCACAAGGAGUGGUUAAGCUGUAUAAAGAGAAAAUUGUCAAGAAGCGGUACCCAGAAAAUUGGGGACCGAUUGCCUUUAAGAGGAAGCGUAGUUCAGACCCUGACAUUGAACGACCUGCCUCACCUGACUACGAUUCCGGACGAAAACAUGGUGACAUACUGAAUGAUCCUACCUACAACGCUUAUGAAGUCAACGAUGAUGAUAAGGAUGAUCUUCGUGAAGAGUAUGCAAUCGCUUUUCAACCUCUAGAUGAUGAAAAUUUUUCUGAGAUUGGUGACGAUGAUCAAUAUUCAUACGAUAAUGUUGAAAAGAGAUUCCCAGUCUCCAAACGUAGCAGUGGACCGUAUAACUUUGGAAUGCAAAAGAAAAGGUUUGCAUUGGAUCAAAAUAAACAUCAAACAACUAAAACUUUCAGAAGCAGUUCCGGUACUGAUCCAAGAAUCAUAAAGGAUUUAUCAAAAAUAUUUGGUGGAGCUGAUAUUGAAAUCAUUAAAACUCCAGUCAAACGGAGCAGUGAUCACGAAGAAAGUCCCCACGAAACAAAGCCACCAAAAGUAGCCGUCUUAUCGCAUAAGAAUCUUACUCAUGAAAACAACACUUCAAUAACUGAUGAUGAAAGCCACGAGCACCAUGGUCACAACGUUCACCACCCAGGUAUGAUCGGCAAAGAAAAAGAUGUUGAUCAUGAACAUGAACAUGAGCACGGAGAAAGUGAACGACCCAUAAAUAUUAAGAAAAAGUCCAUCGACUGGUCAGAUUAUUUUGGUAUUGAUAAACGUUCUAAAAACCCAGCAGUGUCAUUUGUUAACGAUCUUACAAAGGAUAGACUCAACAAACAAUAUUUUGACACUUUUAACAAGGAAGUAAUAUAUCCUUUGAAUAGCUUCCGUAAACACAGCAACGUCAAACGGAAUUAUGUUCAAGCUAACCCAAACGGCGAAAGUGAAUCUCAAAUUGCUAAAACACUACCAAUGUCACAUCAAAACGAUGAGAAACGAAACACAGCUACAGACAAUGAUGCCAAAUUGGACAAUAUUGAUAGGAAAUUGAAGACAAUGGAGGGUUUGAUUGUAGAUGAAGCACUACAUUACUCUAACGUGGGCGAAGAAUUAGAUUCCAAAGAAGAACAAGAAAUGAAAGAACAGCUACUUUCCCGAUUGGCUGCGGCCUACAGUUUGGAAAAGAUGAGGAAAGCUUUGAAAGAGUUCAAGCAGAGUCUUCAAACUCAAAAAUCAGAAACUCAAAUGUCACCUUCACCCAUGCCGACGGAUGAAGCAAAAGCUAAACGAGUAGCCGUGAAGAAAGAAAAGGUGGAAAUCAAUAAUAAUGACAUCCCCGUAUUCAACAAUGAUAGGAAUGAUGAUUUUGAGGAUGAACAGGGAGCAGGACAUUAUCUCAAUGGCAAGAUCGAGGAGCAGUUCUCUGAAGGAUACAUGGGUGGCAGUGGAAGACAUCGUUCUCCUGUAUUAUCAACAGUUGGUGCUACUGGUUCUUGCCCUGUACUCGCUAAAAUUAUACAACGAUGCCGUGGAGUUGAUCUACUGGCUGGGGACCGCGGGCAGCUGUUCUUACCCCUCUGCAGCUUGCAUCAAAUCUGCUACCUUUGUGGCGAGGCUCCACCGACGACAUGCGACUUGGUAUUCCUAUCUGAAGCUGACACUUCUUGCGAUGGAGAUAUGAGUUGCCAACGAGCCGCCCGCUCAGCCCUGAUGGCUUUGAGGGAGCUCCACGACCACCUGGCAGACGAGCUGGAUGGAGAAUGCGAAGCCAGUCCCUGCCUGCCCGCUACCCUCAAACUGAACCUCGGCUGGCAACGCGCCCUUGUACUUAAAGUAAUGGAAACUACUGCAAAUAGAGUCAAUAGCCCAGAGAACAAAGGCCUUGACAACCCAACUGCAACGAACGAUGAUGGAACUAACGUAAGACCGGAUCUAGUCAUCAGCGUCCAACCACAAGUCCAUGGCAGCCGUGCGGAACUCCCCGUCACCACUGUGGACUGGCACUCCAACCCUCGGGGCCAGUUCAUCCCGACGCACGGCCUGGACUUCCUCAUCGGAGUCUCCCGACUUCUCGUCCAACAGACUAUCGAACUUGAUGACCUGACAUCGAAAAUUGAGUCAGAAAAUCGGUACAUCGUGCGAGUGCCCCAUGGCGAAGCCCUAUACAUAGCUAGCGAGGUGUCCUGGAAGACUGAGAGGUGCCUCUGCGGCACGGGGCGCUCCUUCGUCAUGCACCUCCACGACAACACCAGGCAGGAGGCCAUGGUGCUGAAGAGGCGGCUGGCAGCUGCCUCUUGCUGCUUCCCUUGUAGACUUCAGGAGAUGAAAGUGAUCACACCGCCCGGAGACUACAUAGGGCGGGUCCAUCAGCGAUGGACCUGGAUGGUUCCAUUCUACCUGGUGAGGGACGCCAACGACGACGUCUUGUUCGUGGUCGAAGGGCCCGCGGUCAUGAAGAGGAGUGCUUUGUUGCUGUCAGAGUUUAAGAUUAUGACUGGGGAUUCACUACGAGAAGUGGGCAAGAUAUCCCACGGCUGGGAUCGAGACCUAAACAGCUUUGCCACCACGCUAAACUUUCCUGAUACUGCUGUACAGCCCAAACACAAAGCGCUGCUUUUGGCUACCACUUUCUUACUGGAAUAUACCUAUUUCGAGAGAGCGAAGACUAACUGCUGGAGAUGCAAUUGCUUAUAAUAAUGUGUAUUUUUACUAUAAACUACCUAAUAUCAGUAAAAUAAUCAUUUAAAAAACGUUUGGAGUAGCUGUACCUACUUUACAAACCCACUCGACUAAGUAACUGAACUUUAUAUUUUUUUACUCAUUUCAACGAUUCUAAUACGAUUUCGUGGAAAUAAAAUAAACUUAGACCAACCG